AUGCAUGACUACACCAAUACUGUAUGGAAUGGGUUUUCGUAUCAAGCCAGAUUUGAUGUCGUGAGCAGGCUUUGGUUCUUGUCUUUGCUUAUGACAUGCUUGAGGUCUUUCAUUGAAUCCUCUUGGCAAGGUAAGUAAGAGCGAACUCGUUUCUGAAAUAGGGGUGCAGUAAAUAUACUGUAUUGCACUUUGGAAAUGUUAAGUCGAGAGGCAACUUGACACAGAUGCUAUUAUAGGUGAUGGGUUAUCACCGUAGCAGUGUUUAUUGACCCGCAGAUGACUGGUACUUAUCUAGGUGCAUUUGGUUUGUAGAGACUUCAGAUUCUAAGCGAAUGAUCUAGCAGAAAGGCUGUGGUUGUUUCCAUACUCCUUUGGAACACAAAAAAACCUUUGCCACCAUCUGGCAAAAUAUACAGAGGAACUCAAUACACCUGUUUUCGCACAUACAAUAACAUCUCCUCCUUUUUACACUGCCCCUUUCAUGAAGUAUGGUAUCCAAGAUCCGAACCGUUAUGCAGCCCCAAAAUGUUAUUACCUCAUCAUUUUUUACAGGCUGUGAUCUACAGAAUGCCUGGGCCAGUAUGGUCCUGCUUUAUCUUAAGGAUCCCGAGAACGUGGAUAUGUCAGCUCAACCAAGCUCGUGGAAUAUCUGA